AUGAAAAAAUAUGCUGCUGCCAAAGGCCAUGGAGUACAGAUUGGUGAUGGUGAAAGAAAAAAUGCAGAGACUCAGCAAAUAAUGAAGCAAAUGUAUUUAUGCCGGCAUUCUGGAAAACAUAAAACUAAGUGGAAUGUCUUGUCGAGUAGAAUGUCUAUGGAAAUUACUGCUAAAGCAGAUACAACCAUGCAAUAUAAAAUAAUUCAGGAAAAAUUCAAGAUUAGAAUACAUAGACCAGAUCUUUAUAAUAUUAUUAAUGUUUUUCGCCAUGAUUCAACACCAGGCAAAAAAGAUACUAUCACAUUGUUAAAGAGACUAUAUAAAAAAAAAAUUAAAGAUCCUCGAUGGUUACAUUAUUACAAUGUAGUAAUGCACAAUAAUACAUAUAAAACAAACUGUUAUGAUUGGUCUUUGUCAAUUUUCAUUAUACCUAACAAUAAUUUAAAAACGAGAAUAGUGGCCCAGGCAAUUGUUAAUGACAAAACACAAUCUUUAUAUGAAUGGGCUUCGAAUGCGUUAAGGCUGCAACAGGCUCAGAGCCAAGAGU